UUGCCAUAAACCAGAAUGUGAAGCAUUCGAGCAACAAAGUAAAGGCACAAUAUGCACCUUUGGCGAUAGAUGGCAACAUUCUAUCAUGUAGUGUCACAGCAAAUAAUAAGGAGAACACCUGGUGGAAGAUCUGGUUUCCCUACAGCUUUAAUGUGUGGAAAAUGACUUUUCUUACUAAGGAAAGUUAUAAAAAAUAUUUUAACGGAUUUGAAGUAUCAAUCGAGUACGUACCAAAAGAGAUGAAUAAUAACAAGGCCUACUACCCGCCAGAGCCACUUACUUGUUAUAAACAGAAUGUUUCAAAGCAAGAGUCAAUAAAGAUGAAUGUUGAAUGUAAUACUUCAACAGCAGGUAACCAGGUCAGAAUGACAUUGUUGCAGAAGUAUUCACAUCUUGUCCUAUGUGAUGUCAGAAUAUAUGCAGAAUGUGGGAACGGUAAAUACGGUAAGAAUUGUUCGAAUCAAUGUAGCAAUAAUUGCCUAGAAGAUUGUGACAAAGUAAACGGGACUUGUUUAUCCUGCAAGCCUGGAUGGAGCGGACCAAUGUGCAUGAAAGGCAAGUUCUUGAACAGUAAAAAAUAUCGAUUGAUGUAUAGGCUCACUUUAAAACUUUAAAUGCGAACUAGUAAUAUAUUAAUGAUCUUAUAAUGAAUAUGAUAAUUUGACACAAUUAAUGGUAAAUUUCAUAGACCAGGCCAUAGCAAUUUCAUUUAAUC